AUGGUAUGCAUUCCCGUAUACUGCAUCGCUUUCCUAGGCACGCAUCCGCAACCUGACCGCUUGCUUCUGCCCCAAUGGCAACAAGCGGAAGCAAGGGGUUACAUCCAUGGGCGGAGCGCGCUAAGAACAGGCUCGAAUAGUGCCUUGUACUACGCAACAGGCCAUAGCCGGGGUCUGCAUGAACGUGCUGAUCCCCCGGAAACGGAAUCCUCUGACAUACGGGUAACGGAAUGGGAUGCAGGUCGUCACAAAUCGUUCCGGUGCGCCGGAGUGGCCUCACCGGAUUCGGUUUUCCGAGAGCCUUUGCCAGGCGAGGCAAUCACGCUGCCGAACCCCUCGGCAACCACCGGGGAGUACCUACUGGACAGGGAGAUCAUCCACAGGGUGGCCGAACUGCGGACAUUCCUGGAGGACAUCGAAGUUAGCAGGGGAAAACGAUCCCAACUGCGAGAAAUCGAACGCGGGCUGAACAGUGGCGAAUACGAAAUCCGGCAAGUGACGAAGGAGGAGGCCGACCGGUUGACAGCGGCGGCGAACGCUGGCCCCGACGUGGAAAGCCAAGACACCGUGGAUGACACCGGAAUGCCAGAGACGCCCAUGGAAAUUAAUGAAAUAACGCUAGAACCGAUCAAGGAGCACAUGUACGAAGAGAACAUGCUUGAGGAGGUGCUAGGCAAGGCGUUCAGCGUGUAUCGCAAAAACAGGGACCAGGCGAGCAUACAGCGCCUCGAGGUCAUCGCCUCGGAGAUAGCCCCCAUCGCAGACAAGGUGCGCAAAGAACGCGCCGAGGAAAUUAUCGUGAGGCUGGUCAACUGCUAUGUGGACGGCAGCGAAAACAUUGACGACGUGCUCUAUAAGCUGCACAAACAGAAGCAGCUCAACAAGUACCUCAUGCAGCGAUUUGACGAGCUGAUAAAGCUGGCGUCUAAGAAAUUCCGCCUAAGCGACGAACACCCGGCGCUGUCCGAACAGUUCCUGCGCACGCUGAAGGACAGGGUUGCCGCCGAGGUGCUAACGAGCGCCAGGGGCACCAGAAAGUGGGUCAGGAUACUGGCCGAGUGCUUCAGGUACGACAACUGCGUGGACUACGAGCGCGUGCUCAAGGAGAACCUCCGAAAAAUAGAAGACAUCGAGGACUUCCGUGACUGGCUGCUGGACGGGAUCGAAUAUUGCCGUGACAAGGGCCGGAUGGAAGAGCGCAUCGAAGCCAUGGAGACCAUCGAGUCCAUUGUGGUCGGACUCCACCCCGUGUGGACGCCGCAAGAUAACUACAUAGAAACCGAAGAUAGGCCGUACGACCACCCGAUCAUCUACGAGGACGACGAUGUCGCCAGGUGA